UCUUGAGCACUCCCACUGUUCGCCGCGUUAACCAUCUUUUUAAUCUGGUCGAGUUAAAACUUGCCUGCGUCGCUCAAGAGUCGUCGUACAUGAUUACGAGAGUGGGAACGGCAAGUUCGUUGUAGUAAAAGUGAGCUCUCUCCGUGCGAUUAAAUUGUGUUGAUGUUGAUUUUUAACAUUAUUGUUGCGAAAAAUGUGUUACGUGUUUAGUUUUUUACAAUAACAAUUUCGAUAAACUGAUUAUGUGCACCUAAGUAAUAUAUGUGGAACAAAUAUCAAAAUAAAGCAGAAAAUAAAUAAAUAGGGACCGAUACGGCGCGUCACCAAUGUAGUGCUAGUUAUAAUAAGAACCUUAUUUCGUUACAUUUUAAAGUGAUAUUCGCGUAAACUUGCAAUUGUGAACAUUGAUAACUAAAUUAAUAAAAAUUAUGACUCUUUGCUUAUUUCUCGACUGCUGAUUCUAGCGUAUGGGUACGGUCAGCACCUUGUUUAAUGAAUCAUAAUGGACUGGAGAAUUCGAAGACACUCAUACGAAUGCCGGUGAAGACCGUUGAGGCCACGGACUUUUGAAACAGAUAAAAAUUAUCAGCAAAGUUAAGUUCAUUCUAAGGAUUAACACAGAACAGUGUACCAAGAAAAUUAAACUAAUAGCAACAAAAUCAUUCUAAGCCAAAAUGGAAGAACCAACAAAUGGCUGUUUAGACAUAAACAAGGAAGAAAAAAAUAGUGACAGUGAUGUUAAUAGUGAAGAAGUUAGUUCUAAUGAUGAACAAAGUAAUGUAAAUAGUAAUAACUCUCCGUUUUACGAGAGUUGUGAUAGUAAAAUGGAUUACGCUGUGAAGUUAGACGACAACGACACUCUGAGUGACAUAGAAGAUAUAAAGACAGAUUCUGCAUCAGCAGAUAGUGAAGACUCCGCGCUUGGCAGUCUUCCACCGGACUGUGUAUUAAACGAAAAAGAAGAAGAUGUACAAGAAAGAUCAGACGGUAGCGACUCCGGUUUAGGUUCAGAAACUUCAGAUGAUAGUAAAAUACCUAACUUUAACCUAAUACCACCUAGCGAGAACGAAUCACGAAGCGUACAGCCAAGUGAAGAAGAUAUAAAUGUAAAUUCUUUCCCUAAUAAUAACAACAAUGAAAGUGAAGACCACACUUCUGCUGAAGUAAUUAAUAAGCCCCUUAAAAGUAGCCUCAAAAGGAAACACGAGAAUGAACAAAAUGAAGAGCCACAACUGAAAAAAAAGAAAUAUAAAAUACAAUUCGACAAUGUGACGGUUUUUUAUUUUCCUAGAGCUCAAGGCUUUACGUGUGUACCUUCACAAGGAGGCUCUACAUUAGGAAUGGAAUGGGAACACAGUCAUAUUCAAAAAUUUACACUUGUUGAACACGCAAUGGAACAAAGACGACUGCACAGACAAGUACUACAGCAGUUAAAAAGUGAACGGCACAAUUUACAAGGGGUAUCUCUUUCGUCCAGUGAAGACAGUGAUACUGAAGAAGAAACUAGCGAUAUAUCUGAGUCAGAGUUAGAUUUAGAUAGCUACUAUUUUUUGCAACCAGUUCCUACCAGACAGAGGCGAGCAUUGUUACGAGCAGCUGGUGUUAGAAAAAUUGAAGGCUAUGAAAAAGACGAAUGUAGAGACAUUAGAACAUCUCGCGAAUUUUGUGGUUGUGCUUGCAAAGGUGUAUGCAAUCCAGAUAACUGUUCUUGUAGUCUUGCUGGUAUUAAAUGUCAAGUCGAUAGACUUAAUUUUCCCUGUGGUUGUACGAGGGACGGAUGUUGUAAUACUACUGGAAGAAUAGAGUUUAAUCCUAUGAGAGUACGAACUCAUUUUAUUAAUACGCUUAUGAGGAUUGGUCUUGAAAAGAAAAAUGAAGAGAAUCAGGAAGUUGCUAAAAGAAAGUGGGCAGAAGCACAUAGUGCUAUAUCCUCUCCUUGUGUGUCUACCACACCCUAUAAUAAAGAAAACUGCCAUAGUCACGAUGAAACUGCAAUAGCCAAUAUGAAUCUACCUCCUAGAUUAGGAAUGGAUUCUUGUAUUAACACUGGAAGUUUCAGUAGUAUACACCACAAUAUCAAUAAUUCUAAUAAUAGUGAUACAUUUAAUUAUAGAGGUGACACAAUAGAUCACAGAAAUUUUAAAAUCAAUAAUAUGAUGGGAUUUGAAGACAAGUCCGGUCAUCGGAGCCACGAACCCUACACGUCUAACAUUCUUCAAGGGAAAGGUCCACCUUAUCAUCCUAUAAAUACGAUGGAAUUUAACACAAUGACGAACAAUAUGCAGAGAUAUCAUUGUGAAUACUCAUACGAUCAACAGUACCCAGAUAGUCAACAUUUUAAAGGAUUACAAACGUUUUCGGCUGCUAGUUUUGAAGAGUUUGCACAUAACUCACACAUGUCUAUGCUUAGUCAUUAUGGCCACAUGUAUGUCUCAGAUUACAUGCAAAAACCAGGCACAAGCAUGUCUGAGCAUAGUUCUAUGCAGUACCAAUCGAUGCCGCAUAACCAUUACGACAUGUAUAAAAAUUCCGAGUGUGUAAAUACCGAAAACAAAGUAGAUCCACACUAUACAACUUUAAUGACGAUGCCAUAUCAUCAAAGUAAUAAACUACAAACAGUAGAUAAUGAUGAAAAUUGGUUUAGUGACAACACCCUGCUUAAUUUAGAUCAUUCAGUUCAGGUUAAUGAAAAUGCCUCAAUAGUGCAAACAGAACAAGUUCAAACUGUGACAGAAAGUGAAGCAAGUGACACUACAGAAAAUUUUGGUGAACUCAUAAAAAAGACUAUGGUAGAGUCUGUUAUAGUAUAGUCAUAUUAUUUGUUGUUUUUAAUCCUAUCGAAAAUCACUCACGUUACUGAGUUUUUGAUUAUAUUAAUUGGGACUUCAACUAUCAUUAUGUUAUUAUUAUUCUAUCAAACAGACCUAAAAUUGCAAAUAUGAAAAUGUUUUUCUUAAAUUUGAUAAGGACUAAGUCAUGUUAUACUUAAGAGUGUAUUUAUUAUCUCUAAUUAAAUUUAAGUAUUGAAAUUUUAGGUUAAAAAAUAAAGUAUUAAUUAAUUUA